AUGCCUCUCGACACAUCCACAACAUAUCCCCUCACCAAGCUUCGCCUUGAUGGCCGUCGCUGGAAUGAGCUUCGACUGCUCCAGGCCCAGAUCUCCACGAACCCCGCCAGUUCGGGCUCAUCCUACUUGGCCAUGGGCAACACCGCGAUCCUGUGCUCCGUCCACGGUCCCGCAGAGGGGCGUCGCGGUGAUGCCACGGGUGGUGCUGCUGGAUCAGCAGGUGCGGUAGUAGAGGUGGAUGUCAAUGUUGCAGGAUUUGCUGGAGUGGACCGCAAGCGCAGAGCCGGCGGAAGUGACAAACAAUCUUCGCGCGUCGCAACGAUACUACGCUCUGCUUUCCAGUCGCAUCUUCAUACCCACCUCUACCCUCACAGUACGAUUAGCAUCCACGUCUCGGUUUUGUCGUCAGACGGUUCGCUCCUCGCCGCGGCGGUCAAUGCCUGUACGCUGGCGCUUGUGGAUGCCGGUAUUCCCAUGCCAGGACUCCUCUGUGGGUGCACGUCGGGAAUGAGCGGCAGUGCAUCUACGCCGCGGGAUCCGAAUAAUGACACAUUGGAUCCGCUGCUGGACUUGUCUCUGCCGGAGGAGCAGGAGCUUCCGUUCCUUACGGUGGGAACGACAACGGCUGUACCGGUGGGAGAGGCGGCUAUGAUUAACGAGGAUGAGGACGAGAUGAAGGUAGCAAUGCUGACGAUGGACUCCAAGGUGCAUUGCACAUAUGUUGAGACAAUGCUGGCGGUGGGAAUUGACGGAUGCAAGCAGAUCCGGGAGAUUUUGGAAGGGGUGAUCAAGAAGUCGGCACGCCGGUGA